AUGAGUACCAAGGCGACUGGGCCCGAUGCUCUUGGAGGUGGCGAGCAAUAUUCGAACCUCAAAACCGAAAUUCACAAUGACACUUCAAAAGAGACAGUUCUAUCCACAGAAUUGAAGCCAGACGGCUCUGGUCCGCUUUCCGAUCCAGAAGGUGAUGGUGGAUAUAGAGAACAGAUAAUUCUGAAAAACGGCCAGGAACACCUCAUUUCGUGGACCUUAGAUGAGCAACGGCGUGUUGUUCGCAAGGCUGAUCUUCUGUUCCUUCCCAUUUUCACGGUUAUGUUCACAUGGAUGGCCAUUGACCGAACUAAUGUAUCUGGUGUCCUUUCCUCCACCUUUCUCCAGGACACCAAUAUAUCUCGGGACCAGGCUAACACUGGUGUCUCCUUGCUAUGGCUGGGUAUCGUCCUUCUUGAGAUCCCUUCCAACAUCGUCCUUCAUCGGAUCGGUGCCCACUACUGGAUUCCUUUCCAGGUCAUCCUCUGGGGGAUUAUCGAAGUUCUUCAGAUGUUUGUCACGAAUGCCGGCGGCUGGAUAUUCAUUAUUUGUGGGGUCUCGACCAUCGCUACUGGGGUGCUUGGUCUUAUCACCAUCCCUAAAUCCCCGUACCAUACUAAUCGCCUACUUGCUGGGCUAAUUCCUAGCCGCGGCUGGCUUUCAGACCGUGAAGCCGAUGUGUUCACAGCUCGGCUAGCUAAGGCCAACGACAAGAAUCAAGACGCUACACUCCAUAUCAAAUUUGCGGACAUUCGGGAUGUGUUCACUGAUUGGAGGCUCUGGCCACAUCUUGUGAAUCUACCUGUUAACUCGAAGACAUCAUGGUCCUUUUAUGCAGCCUACUUUGUUGCCACGGCUGCCCCUGGCUGGCAGUCAAUCAAUGUUACUUGGUUGGCACUCAACGCCAAGACACCACAGAAACGUGCCAUCUCAUAUGCUGUUUACAUUGCCUGCUCAAACCUUGGAGGGACGUAUGGUAAUCAGUUCUUUCGAGGUGAUGACGCUCCGCUGUACAAACGGGCCUGGGCUGCUUGCAUCUCUCUCGCUGUCAUUUGGCUUGUCGCUGUUUCAUUUCAAACGACAGCUCUAAAGUUUGCCAACCGGCGAUGGGCGAAUCAGAAUUCUGAUUCCCACGACGAGAACACAGAGAGUGAUGCUAGGUACACGGAUCGCGGUGGCCGAAAGCACUUAAACUACUGGUAG